ACGAGAACCACAUUAAUUUGCGCAUCGAAUGCCGGAUCUAAUCCCAACCAACAGUUUACCGAACGUCGCAGUCAGGUGAUUUGUAUUCAAUCAGCUACCACUUCGUUCUCGUCAGCACGCAAACAUGUCUGAACGGAAGGUCCUUAACAAGUAUUACCCACCCGAUUUCGAUCCAAGUAAAAUCCCGAGGCGAUCUGGACCGAAAAAUUCCCAGCAGGUAGUACGUCUCAUGGCUCCGUUCAGCAUGCGCUGUAACACCUGUGGCGAGUACAUAUACAAGGGCAAAAAGUUUAAUGCCCGCAAAGAAACAGUAGAGGACGAGGAUUACUAUGGCAUUAAAAUAUUCAGGUUCUACAUCAAAUGCACGCUCUGUUCUGCAGAAAUAACAUUCAAGACGGACCCAAAGAAUACCGACUACGCUGCGGAGCUUGGGGCCUCCCGUAAUUUCGAACCCUGGCGCGAAGUGGAAAUUGUAGAGGAAGAGGAUCGUCUAGCCAAGCUCGAAGAAGAGGAAAACGACGCCAUGAAAGUGCUCGAGACUCGAACCCAAGAUUCCAAGCGAGAAAUGGAAAUACUCGAUGCACUUCAAGAUUUGCGUGCACGUAAUGCCCGUCUAGAACGUGUCGCGGCGGGUGGUGGUGCUGUCGAUGCUCUUGAGGCUCAGGAUGAAGAGUUGGACGAGGAAGAAUUGCGGAAGAGGGCGGAGGAGGAAGAAGACGAGGAAAUCGUUCGUCGGGUAUUCUCAAAAAUCCCCAAUCCUUCCACAUCAUCUAGCGCGGGUCCUUCCCAAACAUCCUCGACUGUUGAACCAUCUGGUAAUGACAGCAACCCACCGGAUAGCGCACCAUCGUCAAGCAUCACUAUCAAGAGAAAGGCAGAUUUCUUGGAACCCCAACUCGACUCUACCAUUCAGACGGCAGUCAAAGCCGUCAUGACAAGAGCACCUCCCCCUGCUAAAAAGAAGAAAUCUGAAUUGGCUAGUGCAUUGGGCAUCAAGCGCCCCACUAAGCCUAAGGCGGCCGCAUAACAACCGAUCAAGCUUACUAUACACUUGUAUCUCUCAGCGCUACGACUAUGUAUAUUAUGUGGAAUUACAAUCAACUAGUACUGCGGU